AUGUCACUCAUUAAUGAUAUUCCUCAGCUGCAUGGUAUUUAUGUUUUUGAUGAUACUAAAAUCGUACCUGAAGAAUUGAUAAAAAAACGGCAAAAAAUCAAGAGUAUUCAUACCAACAUUGAUGACUUAUGUCAAGGAUUACAACUGGGUAUUAAACGAUACCAUCAAGACUCGAUAGCCAUUAGUUUUAUCACAGCAAAUGAAAUGGCUUCAACUAAUAAUUUAAAUCAGUUGGACCCGACAUUUAUGUACACUCAGAUAUUUAAGGAAAUCAUCCUUGAAAUGAAAUAUGGUGAACAGGCUAUCGAAGACUUUAUUAUUUACAGUCGACAAAACGACUGGGGGUCCACAACUGUUAUUGAUCGAUUUCAAAAAGAAUACCAUCCUCUAUCAGCUAUUUGGUGGUAUACUUACACUUCAUUUACUUACUGUAUGCUUAAUGAUGGUCUUCGGUUCAUGGAAGGCAAUACCAUUAUUAAUAUGGGUUUUUUUAUUCAUGAUCUACAUCAACGGAUACAACAGCUGUAUGACGAACAAAUUAAUAGCUAUGGAGGGAAACCUCUUUUAGUUUAUCGAGGACAAGGUCUUGAAAAAUCAGAAUUUGAAAAACUUCAAAAAACAAAAGGUGGACUUCUAGCAUUUAACAAUUUCUUGUCCACCAGUAAAGAUAAAGAAGUGUCUCUCGAAUUCGCUGAGUGUGCUUCGACAAAACCGGAUACGAUGGGCAUUCUCUUCAUAAUGUCAAUUGAUCCUUGCAUUAAAUCAGCACCAUUCGCCUCUAUCAAGGAGCUAAGCUAUUUUAGGGAAGAAGAUGAAGUUCUCUUCUCAAUGCACACCGUCUUCCGAGUGGGUACCAUUAAACAAAUAGAAAGUAAGAGUCAACUCUAUCAAGUUGAAUUACAACUAACCACGGAUGAUGAUCAACAACUACGAUUACUUACUACUCGAAUACGAGAAGAAGUUGGUGGUGGUACGGAUAAGCAUAGAUUGGGUAACUUAUUGCUUCAAAUAGGUCAGUUUAAUAAAGCUGAAGAACUUUAUAACGUACUACUCGAACAGACAUCUGAUGAUGAUAAAAAAGCGAUUUAUUUUAAUCAGUUGGGAUACGUCAAAGAUGGCCAGGGUGAUUAUGAAAAGGCUAUUUGGUAUUACGAACAAGGACUUAAAAUUCAACAAAAAAUUCUUCCUUCAAACUAUUUUUCAUUGUCUACCUCAUACAACAACAUCGGUAGUGUAUAUCACCAGAUGGGCGAGCACUCGAAAGCACUUUCAUUUUACGAAAAAGCACUUGAAAUUAGACAAAAAACUCUUCCUUCAAAUCAACCUUCAGUAGCUACCUCAUACAACAACAUCGGUAGUGUGUAUGACAAGAUGGGAAAGUACUCAAAAGCACUUUCGUUUUAUGAAAAAGCACUUGAGAUUAGACAAAAAACCCUUCCUUCGAAUCAUCCUUCAUUGGCUACGUCAUACAACAACAUCGGUAGUAUGUAUGACAAGAUAGGAAAGUAUUCGAAAGCACUUUCAUUUUAUGAAAAAGCACUUGAAAUCUAUCAAAAAGCUCUCUCUUCAAAUCAUCCUCAUUUGGCUAGUUCAUACAACAACAUUGGUAGUGUAUAUAACAACAUGGGAGAGGACUCAAAAGCACUUUCAUUUUACGAAAAAGCACUCGAUAUCUAUCAAAAAGCUCUCUCUUUAAAUCAUCCUUCAUUGGCUACCUCAUACAACAACAUUGGCAGUGUGUAUUAUAAGAUGUGGGAGUACUCGAAAGCACUCUCAUAUUUCGAAAAAACACUUGAAAUUCGACAAAAAACUCUUCCUUCAAAUCAUCAUGAUUUUUCGCAGUCAUACAACAACAUUGGUAGUGUGUAUGUCGGCAUGGGAGAGUACUCAAAAGCACUUUCGUUUUACGAAAAAGCAUCUGAAAUCUAUCAAAAAGCUCUUUCUUCAAAUCAUCCAGAUUUGGCUACUGCAUACAACAACAUCGCUAAGGUGUAUGACAAGAUGGGAGAAUACUCCAAAGCACUUUCGUUUUACGAAAAAGUACUUGAAAUCGAUCAAAAAUCUGUUUCUUCAAAUCAUCCUCAUGCUGCUACUUCAUACAACAACAUUGGUAAUGUGUGUGAAAACAUGAAAGAAUACUCAAAAGCACUUUCGCUUUACGAAAAAGCACUUAAAAUUUGGCAAAAAACUCUUCCUUCAAAUUAUCCUAAUUUAGCUAUUUCAUAUAACAACAUCGGCAGUGUGUAUAAGAAGAUGGGAGAGUACUCGAAAGCACUUUCAUUUUCCGAAAAAGCACUUGAAAUUAGACAAAACCAUUUUCCUUCAAAUCAUCCUGAUUUCGCACAGUCAUACAAAAAUAUCGGUGAUGUGUAUCAAAAUAUGAAAGACUAUUCAAAAGCACUUUCAUAUUAUGAACGUGCUCUGGGCAUAUGGCAACGUGCAUUACCUCCAACUCAUCCUCAUAUAAAAAUGGUGAAAGGAAGUAUUGAAAUUGCAAAAAAGAAAUUAUAA